UACAGCGGCAUAAGCAAUCUGCCAAUACUAGUCACUGAAAUUUACGUGCUUAAUAUAACAGUUGGCAAAGUAUCCGUUCUCAAGUAAACGUCUUUAGGGACUCAUGUUCGUGGCUAGCUGAUACUCAGGAAACUCGAUAUGGAGCCUAUACGCAAGGAUGCAAAAAUUAAUCCAGCCGCUUCGGCUAAUAUUUUAUCGCAGAUACUCUUCUGCUGGUUGAAUCCACUGUUCCGCAUUGGAUACAAACGAAGAAUUGAGGAGGAUGACAUGUUCAAAGUGCUUCCUGAGGAUGAGUCUAAGAGACUUGGAGAGGAACUUCAGAGCUUUUGGGACCAUGAAGUGCAGAUUGCAAACAAAGAACUCAAAACUCCUAAACUCACCAAAGCUAUCGUCAAGUGCUACUGGAAGUCAUAUGCCAUUUUGGGCAUUUUCACCCUUAUUGAGGAGGUAAUUAAGUUGGUGCAGCCAGUAUUUCUGGGCAAGCUGAUUCAGUACUUUGAGAGCUAUGACCCUAAUGACAUGGGUGCACUGUAUGAGGCAUAUGGGUAUGCUGCAGGUGUCUCCAUCUCCUCUCUGGGUCUGGCCUUAUUACACCACCUCUACUUCUACCAUGUCCAGAGGGCUGGCAUGAAGAUCCGUAUUGCCAUGUGCCAUAUGAUCUAUAAGAAGGCUUUGAGCCUUAGCAGCGUCGCUAUGGUACACACCACCACUGGACAGAUUGUCAACCUGUUGUCUAAUGACGUCAACAGAUUUGAUGAGGUGACAAUUUUCCUGCACUUCCUGUGGGUGGGACCUUUACAAGCUGCAGCUGUUAUUGGCCUUCUGUGGCAAGAGAUUGGACCAUCAUGUCUGGCGGGUAUGGCAGUGCUCAUCUUUCUAAUGCCACUACAGACCCUAUUUGGACAGCUUUUCUCCAAAUUCAGGAGUAAGACGGCAACCUUUACUGACAACAGGAUACGCACAAUGAAUGAGGUGGUUUCUGGUAUUCGCAUCAUUAAAAUGUAUGCCUGGGAAAAGCCCUUCACAGCCUUAGUCAACGAUGUCAGAAGGAAGGAGAUCUCCAAGAUCAUGAGCAGCUCAUACCUGCGAGGCCUGAAUAUGGCCUCCUUCUUUGUGGCUAGCAAGAUCAUCGUGUUUGUGACAUUCACCGUCUACGUGCUGGCAGGCCACCCUAUUUCAGCUAGCCGCGUGUUUGUGGCCGUGUCGCUGUACAGCGCCGUCCGCCUUACUGUCACGCUCUUCUUCCCAGCUGCUAUCGAGAAGGUAUCUGAGGCCAGUGUCAGCAUCUGCAGGAUAAAGAAGUUCCUCUUGCUGGAUGAGCUGGUUAAAACCAAUGUGAUGUUGACUCAAAAGGAGAGAAAGGAAGCAUCAGUGGAAAUCAAAGAUCUUAUCUGCUACUGGGACAAGAGUUUGGAUGCUCCUACUCUACAAAAUGUAUCUUUCACUGUGAAGGCAGGCCAGCUACUUGCUGUCAUUGGCCCAGUUGGGGCCGGUAAGUCCUCUCUUCUUAGCACCAUUCUGGGAGAGCUGCCCCAGGACAAUGGUGUGGUGAAGGUCAAGGGGGAGCUGACCUAUGCAUCCCAACAGCCCUGGGUGUUCCCAGGGACCAUCCGCAGCAAUAUCCUCUUUGGGAAGAAGCUGCAGACACAGAGAUAUGAGAAGGUUCUGAGGGCCUGUGCUCUAAAAAGGGACAUGGAACUGCUACCUGAGGGAGAUCUGACUCUGAUUGGGGACAGAGGGGCAACUCUCAGUGGAGGACAGAAAGCUCGAGUUAAUCUGGCCAGGGCUGUAUAUCAAGAUGCUGAUAUUUACCUACUGGAUGACCCCCUGAGUGCAGUGGAUGCGGAGGUGGGCAGGCAUUUAUUUGAGCACUGUAUCUGCGGCAUUUUGAAGGAGAAGCCGAGAAUCCUGGUUACCCACCAGCUGCAGUACUUGAAAGCGGCUGAUCACAUCCUGGUUUUGAAAGAGGGUCAACUGGUGGCUCAGGGCACGUACUCUGAGCUGCUGCGUUCAGGUGUGGACUUUGCCUUGUUACUGAAGAAGGAAGAGGAUGAGGAGCAGGCUGGAGGGGUCGGAGAACCCUCCCGCAGCCGAACUCUUUCUCAGAACUCAGUGCGCUCACGCACCUCAUCGGUGCUGUCUGUCAAUGAAGAGGCAGACCAGCUGCCAGCAGAACCUCUCCAGACUGUUGCUGAGGAGAGCCGCUCCGAGGGCACCAUUGGCAUACACAUGUAUCUGAAAUACCUCAGGGCUGGUGCCAACAUCCUCAUGCUCAUAGUCCUUGUACUGCUCAACUUGCUCGCGCAGGUGGCAUAUAUUCUUCAAGACUGGUGGCUUGCAUACUGGGCUUCAGAACAGGAAAAGCUGGAUGUGAUCAACCGUAAUUUUACCUUCAGCAACAGUGUUAACACCAGCCAUAGUGAACAGCUCUCACUUGACUUUUACCUGGGCAUUUACUCAGGUUUGACAGUGGCCACUAUUAUCUUUGGCUUCUUGUGCAGUCUGCUGAUGUUUAACACUCUGGUGUGCUCUGCUCAGACGCUCCACAACCGCAUGUUCAGUUGCAUCCUCAGGACACCUGUCCGCUUCUUCGACAUUAAUCCGAUUGGAAGAAUCUUAAACCGUUUCUCCAAGGACAUUGGUCAUGUAGACUCUUUAAUGCCCUGGACAUUUGUGGACUUUAUUCAAGUGUUUUUGCUGAUUUUAGGUACCAUCGCUGUGGCUGCAUCAGUCAUGCCCUGGAUACUGCUCCCUGUGCUGCCCCUACUUAUAGUCUUUCUCUUCCUUCGACGCUACUUCCUGCAGACCUCUCGUGAUAUCAAACGUCUUGAAUCUACUACCCGGAGCCCUGUAUUCUCCCACUUGUCUUCCUCCCUACAAGGUCUGUGGACUAUCCGGGCCUUCAAGGCUGAAGAAAGGUUUCAGCAAACCUUUGAUGCCCAUCAAGAUUUGCACUCAGAAGCUUGGUUCCUGUUCCUGACCACAUCACGCUGGUUGGCAGUGCGCCUGGAUGGCAUGUGUUCCGUGUUUGUCACCAUAAUGUCCUUUGGAUGCCUGCUAAUGAGAAACGACCUGGAAGCAGGUGCUGUGGGUUUAGCUCUUUCUUACGCCAUCGCCCUGAUGGGCACGUUCCAGUGGGGGGUCCGACAGAGUGCGGAAGUAGAGAACUUGAUGACAUCAGUAGAGAGGGUUGUGGAGUACACAGAGCUGGAGAAUGAAGCCCCAUGGGAAACGCAGGAGCACCCUCCUCCUGAUUGGCCACUCCAAGGCCUGAUCACAUUUGACCAAGUCAAUUUUUCCUACAGUCCUGAUGGGCCUGUGGUCCUCAAAAACAUGACAGCCAUGUUUAGACCCAGAGAGAAGGUCGGUAUUGUGGGUAGGACUGGCGCAGGGAAGAGCUCUCUGAUCUCAGCACUGUUCCGCCUGGCAGAACCAGAGGGCAAGAUCUAUGUGGAUGGCGUGUUGACCUCUGACAUUGGCCUCCAUGACCUCCGCCAAAAGAUGUCCAUCAUCCCACAGGAUCCUGUCUUAUUUACUGGCACCAUGAGAAAGAACCUGGACCCCUUUAGUCAGCAUUCAGAUGAGGAUCUGUGGAAUGCUUUGGAGGAGGUCCAGCUGAAGUCAGUGGUGGAAGAGUUGCCCAGUAAGCUAGAGACAGUUUUGGCUGAAUCUGGUUCUAACUUUAGUGUUGGCCAACGACAGCUCGUAUGUUUGGCCAGGGCGAUCCUGAGGAAGAACCGCAUCCUUAUCAUCGAUGAGGCUACAGCUAACGUGGACCCAAGAACAGAUGAGCUCAUUCAGAAGACCAUUCGGGAGAAGUUCCAGGAGUGUACAGUCCUCACCAUCGCCCACAGGCUGAACACGAUCUUAGACAGUGACCGCAUACUGGUUCUUGAUGCUGGCCGGAUCCAUGAGUAUGAUGAGCCCUAUGUCCUGCUGCAGAACCAGGAUGGAAUAUUUUACAAGAUGGUGCAACAGACAGGAAAGGCAGAAGCAGCCUCCCUAAUACAGCAGGCCAAACAGGCUUAUAUGAACCGCAGCCGACCCAAUCUGACCAAUGGCUUGCCCCCCAGCAAUGUCUCUAACCUGGUUAUCUUCGAGACAGCGCUGUGAAUGCCUAGAACUGAGCUGCUGAAAGCACAUGGCUACCUAGUGCUAGCCCACUAGGAGUGCCUCUAUGGAGGACAAGGGGGUUGGUGGCUGUAUCUAAAGCACUAUCCAAACCACUUGGGCUUAAAGACAGGGUGGGCCUGAGUUUAACAUCUCUAGCAUGUUCAUGCAGGAUGCAUGCUGGACUUGCUGCAGACAGUAACGGACUCAAAUGAAACCAAAUGAAAGACUGCUCUGCACCAGUCCAGUACAUUUAAAUAGUACUGUGUAAACAAGCACUCUGAUCGUACUCUUAGGAAUGAUUUCACUAUUCACUGAUGUGCCCAAAUAAUUGUGAGGAUAUGAAUAUCAAAUAUAAUUGUUAGUUUCCUGUUUGUUACACAUUUGUUCACAUGCUGAAUAACUAAAAUCCAGGGAAUUUUCUUUAGAGAUAUUAAUAUCCUUUGUCACUUACCUGUAAGUGCUUAUUAUGCUGGUGCCUUCAAACUCAAGGUUAUAUAAUUUGAAAUAUUCCUGGAUUUUUUUUUGUACUCUUGAUAGAAGCAUUAUUUAUUACAAUUAUUAUGGAGUUUUUUAAUUAUGUUGUACAGUUAUAAGAUUUGUUUUAUUCAAGCCCAGUAAACCAUCUAAUAUUGUGAUUUAAUUAAUACAUUCUGUUUAGGCAUGCAGUUCAUAAGCCAGGCAUUUUCACUGCCUCAUAUCUUUUAAUGACUCUUGUGGCCUUAAGAUAGAUUUAGGAUGGCUUUUCCAAGUGGUAGAAAGUGUUUUUACGUUUCCUGUUUUCACCCUGAUAGCAUUUAUUUUUCAUCUCAAAGCAGAUUCAUUACAAUGGCUAAGAGAAAAUUCUUUACUUCAGUCAGUCCAAUGCAUUUGUUAAUUCUAUGUACUUUGACUUGUAAUUAGAAGGUUGCCAGUUCAAGCCAAACCACUGCUAAGUUGCCACUGUUGGGCCCCUGAGCAAGA